CUUUGUUCUCAGGGGAAACUAGAGAUUAUAGUGGAGAGGCCGAGGUUUUACGCUUCGACUACGAACCCAGCUCAGGGUUUUACAGAGCUUUCAUCGAUAAAAUUCCUUUCUACAAGUGAGAGACAGAGAGAGAGGUAGUUAAGCGGGAAAGUUAAAAAGGAAAGGGUUUGUGGAAAGAGGAAGGUGGAAGUAAAUGGCGGUCAGCAGCAACGAGACAA